GCCCCGCUCUCACCAGUCACCACGCCGGGAUACCCGCACGCCAGUGCGGCACCAACCAGCCGGCAGCCGAACCCAAGACCAGCGCGCGGCGCGGCGGUGCAAGAGGCAGUCCCCAUCAUUUAUUACUAGCGCCGAGCCGGCACCCCCCCCCCCCCCGCGUGCGUAGCGUGCUUGCCUCACUCUCACACUCCCUGUGCUCUCCUGUCGGUGGUCGCUUGCUUCUUCUCCCCCUCCCUCUGCUGCCGCUUCCACAAGUCCGCCCUCGGUUCAGUUGGGGCCGGUCGAAUCAAUGGCGGUGGACCCGCGGCAGAUGGUGGCGGGCUUCCUCACGCUCUCCAUGUUCGUCAUGCUCGGCAACAUGAUCAAGCACGACCACUUCUCCUCCGGCACCGAGCUGGGCUUGGAGGCAACAGGUGUGGAGUUCAAUGCGGUGACAGUUGCGGACAAUGCUGAAAUGACCGAUGCCAAUAGUGUUGGAGUGGAGCACCUAAUGGAAGCUGACGAGGAACUUAAACCCUGCUGGGCCAAACCAAGUCCAAAAGUUCAGCCGUCUAAUGGUUUUGUUACAUUCUCAUUGACUAUGGGUCCUGAAUAUCACAUCUCACAGAUUACUGAUGCUGUGGUUAUUGCAAGGCAUCUAGGUGCAGCGCUUGUACUUCCAGAAAUCAGAGGAAAUGAAUUAGGAAAUAAGCGAAAAUUCCAAGACAUGUACGAUGUGAAUAAAUUCAUGAGCAGCUUGGAUGGUGUUGUCGAAGUUAUACAUGAACUACCUGACGAAGUGAGGGCUAAGAAGCCAGCAGUUAUUAGAGUACCAAACCGGGUGACCGAAGGCUUCAUCAUGGAAACCAUUCAGCCCAUCUUCCAGACAAAUAAUUACUUAAGACUUGCAAUCGUUUUCUCUUCAAUAAGUUUAAAACCAAAGGAGACGGAUAACAAGGAUUUGGAUUCAACUGCUUGCCUUGCAAUGUUCAGGGGCCUCGAAUUGAAUCCUGAAUAUUCUGAAGUGGCCAAGCGAAUGUUGGACAGGCUUAAAGAAUUAAGCAAGAAAUCAGGUGGGACAGUUUUGGCAAUCGAUGUGCAGACCAACUUGCUAGGAAAGAAGAGUUGCAUAACAAACGGAGGCGCUAGAAGAAAAGGCUGUUAUAACCCUGAUGAGGUCCUGGGUUUCCUGCAGAAUGUUGGCUUCUCUGCUAAUACAACCAUCUACUUGACAGAGACUUGGUGGUACAAAGGCCUGAAUGCUCUGAAGGAAGCAUUUCCGAACACUUAUACCAAGGAUGACAUAAUGCCAGCUGAGAACAAAGGCGAAUUCCUGAAAUCCGGCAACGCAGACCUAGCAAGAGCUCUGGACCUCGAGAUCUGCUCCCAGAGCGACGUGUUUGUCCCUGCUAUCGCCGGUUUGUUCUACGGCCAUGUCACGGGUAAGAGGAUCGCGUCAGGCCGGACCCGAAUCCUUGUACCUGCUCUAGGGUCCAGCAGUUCAGCUCAGACUUCCGACUUCAUCUCCACAUACAUCUCCAAGAAGAGCCACCUUGCCUACUCAUGCUACUGCUAGUAUUGCUUUUGUACUGUCAUUAAUAAGAUCAACUGAAGUGAGCUGCUUGGCAGUGCUUUGGGUGCACAUAUGUUGUAUGUUAAGGUUACUUACUGCUAUUUGGACUUUGGAACAAUAGCGAGGAGCAUAGAAUUGCAAGUGUGCUGUAAAAUGAGCAUAAGGUUAGGCAUGUGAGAAGAGUGUACUUCAGUACCCGGUAGCGCUCGCUCAUCAUCUUCUGUCAGCUCACCAGUUGCCGUAGAAA